AUGGCGAAUCGUCUGGGAUCUCAGAACUCUCAUUCGUCUCCAUCAAUGGCGAUGCUUCGAUUCAAGCUCACAAGAAUCGCGUCUCACCAUGAACAAACCAAAAUCGCAUUCCAUCAGCUCAAAUCUCAGAUCGAAAUCAGUUUGAUCGAAGCCGAAGAUGUGUUCGCAUCUUUAGCGAUUCCGCUUAUGAGUCUCGUAGGUCUGAAGACCUUUGAAAUGGCUGAAGAGGGAAGAUUCAGCACCAUUUUCAUGAAUACUGAUUCGAAUCCUCAAGGAUGCCGGAUAGGCAAAAUCGGAUCCAAAACACGGUUGACCUCACCAUCUACUGUUGAGCGAGGUGAUCAGAAUCAUCGAAUUCGAAAGAUGGAGUUUGCUCUUGGAUGUAUAUUGUCACCAGCCUUUCAAAGUCUGCAGGAAGAUAGCUACACUACUAAAGCCACCUUGGCAGCCAAAGAGCUCAUACAGAAACAAAGACUGCAGCUGACACAGCUAGUUCAGCUUCUUAGAAAAAUUGAAACCCAAGUUAAUUCUAGCCAAAAUGACAUCCUUCAGACUCUUGAUGACCAUCGGGCUAGCAUCCACAAAUUCUUCCAGAAAGCCACUGCAUAUGCAUCUGCUAUUCACCAAUCAAGUCAAAACCGUGGCACCCUUCUUAUCACAUCAAAACUUCUAAAAGCUAUAUUUGAUCAUGUGGCUGCAGCCCUCAGCUCAGUCGAGUGUGGCGUGGAAGACCUAAUGCAUGAACUGGCUGAACAGAUGUGUAGUCCAAUGGUGGAGUAUGCCAAGGUCCUUAAGACUGAAAUGACCAGUGGAGCCUGUCCGAGACUAUUGACCAUAGUGGAAGGGAUGGGAGAAGCAAUGAUGGAUAGAAGGCUAGAACUGGAAAAAGCAAGAAAGAGCGCGAGAAUAGCAGAGGAGAGGAAGAUUGAGGCUUUGACCAUGUUGAAGGAGUCAGAAGAAAGAGUAAGGAAAAUGAAGGAACGACUUGAGUUCUCCUUAGAAGUCAAAAAAGAGACCAGGGAACAUUCUCUCCUACACAAGAAGACCUCUUUAGUUAAGCAGCAUCUUGCAAACGACAAUCCUGACACUGUUGGACAUCUUUUAGGAAUGGAGAAAGAUCAAGCCAAGGAUGAGAACCUAUUGUGGGAACUACUGAGAAAGAAAAGAAAAUAUCAAACACCAGAGAGCCCCCUAGGACCCGGGCAGCUUCUAUGCAUAGGACCCAACAAGCACUUCAAGUCAGCAGGAAUGAGAACCUCCACGAGUCACAGGCCGAUUACAAGGAGUUACUCACGAGGGUUAAGUCCACUAACCCCAUCCUCGAAGAAUAAUUCUUGGCUACCCUUGGGCUCAUCCCCUUCGGCUUUAACUCACCAUGUUCUGUCACGCAAGCGCGUUACGCCCUGAAUUCAUACCAGUGACCCCAACAUUAGUAAGAUUCUGAGCAAGUUCCAUAAUUUUUGAGCUUAUAAACCUUUUUCUUAUUCACUUUCUCUUAUCUUUCUAAUUUUACUAAACGCAGUGGAUGCUUUAUUAGAAAACACCCAAA